GUGGGGACAAUUGUGUCUUUCCCAAACGUUGGUCGUGACUAGUCCCUAUGGACCCUAUGCAAACCUACGCCCUUGGAUCCUGGUGCACGGAAACACCACCGCUUUCAACCAAGGCCCCACAACAUCGACACAAAAGGAAAGUUCUUUGUAGUAACUUUAAUCUUCACUAUAUCUUAUGAUUGUGUCUACUCUGUAGUCUCAAAAAAAAGUUUUAUAAGAACCUUGUGGAUAACAUUGUCAUGAUUUGGAUUUGUAUGUUUAUAAUUUUGUUGAUUUAGUUAUUUAUGUAUUCAUUUAUUUAUUCAGUUUCCAUUAUUGUGCUAUUUACGUAUUUCAUUUGCACACUUUCAUGUUUAUAUCGUUUUUGUAUAUGUACUAUUGUUUUUUUUCUAGUAUUUGUAUUUAGGCUGUAAUAAAGUUAGUGAACAGUAAACAAACAAACAAAAAGAAAGGCAUCCGUGUGACUGUUACAACGCACCAGAAACUGUGCUGAAACUGUGCGCGCUCACGCGAACGGUAUGCAGAUCCCAGCGGGCGGGCAGAACUCGCCAUAACACCGCUUCCCUUCCUCCGCGCAGGCGCUAUAACGGCAUUUCCGGGUACGACACGUAAUAUAAAUACGCUGGUCUCCUACUCGGCUGUCGAUAGAUUAUACAAAACCAAUGAUUCCCAUAUGUCCAGUAGUGUCCUUCACCUAUGUGCCCAGCCGGCUUGGUGAAGAUGCCAAAAUGGCUACCGGCAAUUACUUUGGAUUCACCCAUGGCGCUGCCGCCCAGUACAGCCAGCAGCCAGCCGGCGGAGUGGCAUACACUCACCCCACCACGGUGGCCAGCUACACGGUGCAUCAAGCACCUGUGGCGGCACACACCGUGGCGGCAGCCUACGCUCCCACUGCAGCCUCAGUUGCAGUAGCUAGGCCUGCGCCCGUCUCAGUAGCGGCCGCUACUGCUGCGGCUUAUGGGGCAUACCAGCCCACCCACACUGCGGCUGACUACGGCUACCCUCAGCGCCAGCCAGAGGUCCCUCCGCCACCGCCACCGGUCACCUCACAGAACUACCAGGACACCUACUCCUAUGUUCGGUCCACAGCUCCUGCUGUGACUUAUGACAGUAAGCAGUACUACCAACAGGCCACUGCUACAGCAGCAGUUGCUGCCGCACAGCCGCAACCCAGCGUGGCAGAUUCCUACUACCAGACGGCCCCGAAACCAGGAUAUAGCCAGGGGGUAACGUCAUACACCCAGAGCCAGCAGAGUCGACAGGUGACCGUGAUAAAGCCAGCUGCUCCCAGUCAAGCCUCAUCCACUUUCUCCAUCUACCCAGUGACUUCCACUGUGCAGCCUGUGGCUGCUGCCGCGGUCCCGUCUUACUCACAAAGCCCAACCUACAGCACAAAUGCUGUCACUUACUCUGGAACAUCGUACUCUGGCUACGAGGCAGCAGUUUACUCUGCAGCCUCCAGCUACUACCACCAGCAGCAGCAGCAGCAGCAGCAGCAGCAUCAUCAGCAGCAGCAGCAGCAACAGAAGCAGGCGGUGGCAGCUGUAGCAGCGACUGCGGCAUGGACGGGGAACACGUUCACCAAGAAACCACCUUUUCAGAGCAAGCAGCUUCGGCCCAAGCAGCCGCCUAAACCCCCUCAGAUCCACUAUUGCGACGUCUGUAAGAUCAGCUGUGCCGGCCCGCAGACUUACAAGGAACACCUUGAAGGCCAGAAGCACAAGAAGAAGGAAGCGGCGCUGAAGGUUUCCCAGAGCACCAGCAGCAGCAUCAGCGGUAGUGGUGGAGGGGCGUUGGCCCGCAAUGCUCAGAACCAGCUCCGCUGUGAACUUUGCGAUGUUUCCUGCACUGGCGCCGAUGCCUACGCUGCUCAUAUCCGCGGAGCCAAACACCAGAAGGUUGUGAAGCUUCACACCAAGCUCGGUAAGCCCAUUCCCUCUACCGAGCCCAGCAUGGUCACUCAGACGUCGUCCUCCACCACAGCUGCUCCCAGCAAGACCACCACAGCGACCCUGAGCAGCACCAGUGGCUCUCUGUGUGCGGCUGCCUCCUCCAGCACCGCAUACCUGAAGCCCGUUAACAUGGUCAGCAGUGGUAUGCCGGGUGUCAAGAACCCGUUGACCAACAGCCUCUCUGCUGUCAACUCGGCCUCAGCCGGGAAGAAAGUCAACGCCCCCAAGAUCAAUUUUGUUGGUGGAAACAAAUUGCAGACCACAGUGAAGAUGGACGAGUCCAAAGUGGAGGCUUCUAAGCCGGCGACGCCCUCUUCGGGUACUAAUGACGCCAAAAGCGACAUUUCAGAUUCUCUGUCCACGUCGGCCUUGGCUGUGCUGCAGAGCGACGUCCAGCCUGUCGGUCACGACUACGUUGAGGAGGUUCGAAAUGACGAAGGCAAAGUCAUCCGCUUCCAUUGCAAGCUGUGUGAAUGUAGCUUCAACGAUCCAAAUGCAAAGGAAAUGCAUCUCAAAGGUCGAAGGCAUCGCCUACAAUACAAGAAAAAGGUGAACCCAGAUCUGCAGGUGGAGGUCAAGCCCAGCAUCCGAGCCAGAAAGAUUCAGGAAGAGAAGAUGAGAAAGCAGAUGCAGAAGGAGGAGUACUGGAGGAGAAGAGAGGAGGAGGAGCGCUGGAGGAUGGAGAUGCGGCGUUAUGAAGAAGACAUGUACUGGAGACGUAUGGAGGAGGAGCAGCACCACUGGGACGACAGACGGCAUAUGCCAGAUGGAGGGUAUCCACAGGGGCCUCCUGGUCCUCCUGGUCUACUUGGAGUUCGGCCUGGCAUGCCUGGCCUGCAGCCUCAGGGUCCCGUGCCUCCACGCCGGCCCGAUUCUUCGGACGACCGCUAUGUCAUGACGAAGCAUGCAGCCAUCUACCCCUCAGAAGACGAGCUCCAGUCCAUCCAGAAAAUCGUGUCGAUCACAGAGCGCGCCCUCAAACUGGUCUCAGACAUCAUUACAGACAAGGACAAGGACAAUGACAAGGACAAGGAAGAGGACAAGGACAAGGACAAGGAGGAGAAAGAACCCUCUAAAGACAGACCCCUGAAGGGAGUGAUGAGGGUUGGAGUCCUGGCCAAAGGCUUGCUGCUUCACGGGGACAAGAAUGUCAACCUGGUCCUGCUCUGCUCCGAGAAGCCCACCAACAGCCUCCUCGCCCGCAUUGUGGAGCACCUCCCCAAACAACUAACAGUGGCGACGCCGGAAAAGUACGAGGUCAGUGGAUCCACCCAGGAAGCGGCGAUCAUCCUGACAUCCUGCACCGAGCCGAAGAUGCGAGUGACGAUCACACUGACUUCGCCCGUUAUCAGGGAGGAAAGCGGCCGGGACGGAGAUGUAACCUCGGGUAUGGUGAAAGACCCAGCGGACGUCUUGGACAGGCAAAAAUGCCUUGACGCUCUGGCUGCUCUGCGCCACGCUAAGUGGUUCCAGGCUAGAGCCAACGGCCUUCAGUCCUGCGUGAUCAUCAUCCGGAUCCUGCGAGACCUCUGCCAGCGAGUCCCCACGUGGUCGCCCUUCCCGGGAUGGGCCAUGGAGCUGCUGGUAGAGAAGGCCAUCAGCAGUGCCUCGGCCCCCCUCAGCCCAGGUGAUGCUCUGAGACGUAUCUUUGAAUGUAUCUCCUCUGGGAUUUUACUCCCUGGUAAGAUGUUGUUUCUUUACUUGACAUUGAUUAUUGUUACACUUAUGGCAUUCUUUUACCAAACAAAUAUUGACAGAAGAUUGGGUCAGCUGAGAAGAGGGAAAGUCCAAUCACACUGUAUUAACAUACACUGGUGUAAUCUGACUGUUCCUGUCUUUUGGCGUUCACCCGAUUUAUUUAUUUAUUUAUUUUUUUUUUUUUUAAAGAUUCUAAAAACGUUUUCUCCAAGAAACAGACAGAAAUAACAAAAAAACAACUCUGUGACGUACCCUGUCGGGUGAAUGUUACCUUACAGACAGAAGGAGUUAGCUUAGCUUAGCUUAGCACAAAGACUGGAAACAAGGGGACAAGACUUACUUGGCCUUGUCCAAAAGUAACAACAUCCGUGUACCUGUACCUCUAAAGCUCAUGAAUGAACUAGAUAUAUCUUGCUUGAUUUAUCCGUUGUUACAGAGAGUUAUGUGUUGUACUAUAAAGUCUCUGCUGCCCCUAGCAGUUGGCUUUAGAAAGCCAUGUUUCCUGCUGGUUUGAACUGAAGUAUGCACGGGGCUGUCACAGGCCCUGCACGCUCAGUGCUCGCUCGUUCAAGUUGACUGGCCAGCCAGCGUUUCUCAGAUUGGAGUGAAAUGAGGAGAAAAGGUGAUGUCGUGAUCUUCGCAAAGU